AUCAAUUAAUCCUUUGAAUUCCUCAAAAAUAUUUUUAGCAAUUUUCACUUAACCAAAAUGAGUCACUUAGCAAUUUUCUCACUUCUCUUCAUAUUCCUCUUCAACUUCUCAUUAGCAACAAACACCAUUUACAAUGUUCAAAAUUAUGGAGCAAAAUCCAAUGGCCAAACUGAUUCAUCAAAUGCAUUUUUGAGUGCAUGGAAAGCAGCCUGUGCUUCUACUAGCCCAGCCACUAUUUACAUGCCACGUGGAAAUUACUUGAUUCGCAGCGCAGAAUUUAAUGGCGAAACAUGCAAGAGCAAGGCUAUUAUUAUACGUAUCGAUGGGACUCUCUUAGCUCCUUCUGAUUAUAAUGUCAUUGGCAAUGAAGGAAGUUGGAUUAAGUUCGAAAAAGCCAAUGGAGUUUCUAUCUUUGGUGGAACAUUUGAUGGUCAAGGUGCUAGUCUUUGGUCUUGCAAGACCUCAGGCAAGAACUGCCCUAAAGGAACUACGGCACUGGCUUUUUACAACUCAAACAACGUUGUAAUAAGUGGAGUAACUGCACAAAACAGCCAAAUGUUUCAUAUUUUAGUAGACGGUUGCCAUAACGUGAAGCUACAAGGAGUGAAGGUGUCAUCUCCAGGAAAUAGUCCCAACACUGAUGGAAUUCACAUACAAUCAUCGUCAGGAGUGAGCAUUAUGAACUCGCGUAUUGGUACUGGAGAUGACUGUAUCUCAAUCGGCCCUGGAAAUUCUAACUUAUGGAUCGAAGGCAUUGCUUGUGGCCCUGGCCAUGGAAUCAGCAUUGGAAGCUUAGGUUGGGAAUCACAAGAGCAAGGAGUUCAAAAUGUGACAGUUAAGACUGUGACUUUCACUGGAACAGAAAAUGGUGUGAGGGUUAAAACUUGGGCAAGGCCUAGUAGUAGCUUUGUUAGAGCUGUUCUCUUUCAACAUAUUGUUAUGUCUAAUGUUCAAAACCCAAUCAUCAUAGAUCAAAAUUACUGUCCUAAUCAUGAAAGUUGUCCUAAUCAGGGAUCUGGCGUGAAGAUAAGUGAUGUAACAUAUCAAGACAUACAUGGAACAUCGUCUACAGAAGUUGCAGUGAAGUUAAAUUGUAGCAAAACGAAUCCAUGUACUGGAAUAACACUUGAUGAUGUGAAUCUUAGUUAUAAAGAUGGUAAAGCUGAUGCUUCAUGUGUUAAUGCUGGAGGAAGAGCCUCUGGUUUUGAAGAACUUAGUCACUGCUUAUAAAUUAUAACCAAAAAAAAAAAAAAAAGAACAAAUUUUAUUUAAUUUGUUUAAUUAUUAAUAUCAUACUGUAUACUUAAUAUAUAAAAAAUAUGAAAAUAGAGUUGGUAUUUUAUUAUAUACACUAAAUGUAAUUUGGAUUCAU